UCCUGGUCAGUGGAAAGACAGAUUGCUGUUGAAUUGAUGUUAUAGCUACUGUCCACGUUGCAGCAUCCAUCCACGUCAGCUCUGCGCGCAGUAACACCCGGGACCAGAGCUACAUCCAUAUGCUCCUGACGAGUUGACCAAAUAGGGCGAGAUAUCCCAUUGAGCCUUUGGGGUGGUGCUGAAAGAACAGAUAUCCCGUUCCGCCGUGGGAGUUGUACUGAAAGGACAGAUAUCCCGCUCCGCCGUGGGAGUUGUACUGAAAGGACAGAUAUCCCGCGGAGUUGAGCUGAAAGCACAGCUCCCCAGCUCUCAAUCAACUGGAACCUCCGGUCGUGAAGGUUUUCUAUAACCACAGAGUCCGUUAGGAUGAGGAGAGUUACAAAGGGCAUGAUUCAAUUAAAACCUAGUAGAUGUUUAUAAGACGAGCUGUCUGUCUCAGAGGGAACUAACUCUCCAGUCAUCAUGAAGAAGCAGAACGUACGGACCCUUGCUCUCAUCAUGAGCAUCUUUACCUACCUGCUGGUCGGGGCAGCCGUCUUCGAUACCUUGGAAUCUAAACAGGAGAAAAGCCAAAAGAGAAAGCUGGACGAGAGGAAAUUGGAGUUAAUACGCAAAUACAACUUGACCAAAGUGAACUUUGACGAGCUUGAAGUCGUGAUGUUGCAACUGAAACCGCACAAAGCCGGGGUGCAGUGGAAAUUCGCCGGAUCUUUUUAUUUCGCUAUCACUGUGAUAACUACAAUAGGGUACGGCCAUGCUGCCCCCAGCACAGACUCAGGGAAGGUGUUCUGCAUGUUCUACGCCCUCCUGGGGAUCCCCCUCACCCUUGUCAUGUUCCAGAGCAUGGGAGAACGCAUCAACACCCUGGUCCGCUUCCUCCUCCACCGGACCAAGCAGUGUCUGGGCCUGCGCCACACCGAGGUGUCCAUGGCCAACAUGGUGACCAUCGGCUUCUUUUCCUGCAUGUCCACGCUGUGUGUCGGGGCGGCGGCCUUCUCCCACUACGAGGGCUGGAGCUUCUUCCACGCCUACUACUACUGUUUCAUCACCCUGACCACCAUCGGGUUCGGGGACUACGUGGCGCUGCAGAAGGAUCACGCCCUGCAGAACGACCCACGUUAUGUGGCCUUCUGCUUCGUAUACAUCCUGACUGGACUCACCGUGAUUGGAGCCUUCCUCAACCUGGUGGUGUUGAGGUUCCUGAUGAUGAACACGGAGGACGAGCGGCGGGACGCCGAGCAGAAGGCCCUCCUCUCCACGGGGGGUAAGAGGAACGCAGACGGCGGUCCGCCUGCUGUUUCUGUCUCCAUUUCCUCCGCUACUCCCCUGGCCGCUACCGCCGGCAGCACCAAGCGAGGCCUGAAGGAUGUGUACAGCGAGGUGCUGGGCUUCCAGACAGUGUGUUCAUGUCUGUGGUACCGCAGCAGGGAGAAUCUGCAGGGAUCCAUCCCCAUGAUGAUCAACCAGGACCUGGGCUUCUCUGACCACUACAUAGAGCGCUGCACCAUGCUCUCGCCUCAUUGUGACGUGCUGUCCCCUCACUACUGCGAGACAGGUGAUACAGGAUGUGUCUGCAGCCCUCACCAGUGCACCAGCAUCAGUUCCAUAGCUGCUGGUUUAAACUUUCUCACCCCGUUCAGGGCUUUCGCCAAGAGACGCAGCUCCGUCUAGACCAGACCAAUUCAAAUCUGGACAUCGAAGCCAGUGCCACUGCUGAUUUUUAAUUGUUCCUCCUCUAAUUAGGGAAUGAUUUAGACCUUUGACGCCAGGUGGGUGCAAUUAAUUAUCAGGUAGAACAGAAAACCAGCAGGACUCCGGACCUCCAGGCUGGGGUUUGAAGAUCCCCUGGUCGAGACUCAGUGAUCAGGCCAUAUUAAUUUAAGCACCAAACAGAAGAAAAUCAGCCUAGAAACUGGGAUGGACUACCUUGAACUUGUACAAUAAGAAAUGCUUGUUUGCGUUUUACGUUGCAAAACCUAUUGCAACAGUGUGCCCUAAUGAACGUCCCAGUAGUAGUCUACUGUGGUGCAUCUCCAUAGACACUGUGAUCAAUAUCCUGCACUGAUGUCCAGCUCGGCAUGAACUGACACUGGCUUUUAGUUCUGGACUCAUAGGACUCAUUCUGUUAUGUUUUACAAGAUCACGGUUCUGGUGUGGCUCAGUUGUCGGUUCAACUCCUGCGAAGAUCACAUACACAUACUAAAAAUGUAUGCUCUCACUGUAAGGACUGGAUAGAAGUGUCUGCUAAGUGGUAUGUUAUGAUUAAAGACCAGCCAUCUUUUUAAUCUCAGGCUAUUUAGGUAAAAAUCACAGCAGUCCUCUUGCACUGACAGAAACAGACACUAAGCUGUUGUAACUGAGGUAAGAACGUUCCGUAAGCUAAGUUCGCUCCACAGCCAGCUUGAAAUGUCACCAAUGCUGCUAUCGAAUCGGAUCCUUUUCUAUAGGACAACUGGUUGGUACGUUGUCAAGCACCACAGGUCCGAGCCCAGAAAAGAGACAGGGACAGUGGAGGAAGCGAAGCUGUUAGCAGCACACUGAUGUCAGUUACACUGUGGUCCACUGACAAGCAAUAAACACUUUUCAACCCAUACGAUCUAGUACACAAUAAACACUUUUCAACCCAUACGAUCUAGUACACAAUAAACAUUUCAACCCAUAUGAUCUAGUACACAAUAAACACUCCAACCCAUAUGAUCUAGUACACAAUAAACAUUUCAACCCAUACGAUCUAGUACACAAUAAACACUUCAACCCAUACGAUCUAGUACACAAUAAACACUUCAACCCAUACGAUCUAGUACACAAUAAACAUUUCAACCCAUAAGAUCUAGUACACAAUAAACAUUUCAACCCAUAUGAUCUAGUACACAAUAAACACUUUUCAACCCAUAUGAUCUAGUACACAAUAAACCCUUUUCAACCCAUAUGAUCUAGUACACAAUAAACACUUUUCAACCCAUACGAUCUAGUACACAAUAAACACUUCAACCCAUACGAUCUAGUACACAAUAAACACUUCAACCCAUACGAUCUAGUACACAAUAAACACUUCAACCCAUACGAUCUAGUACACAAUAAUCACUUCAACCCAUACGAUCUAGUACACAAUAAACACUUCAACCCAUACGAUCUAGUACACAAUAAACACUUCAACCCAUACGAUCUAGUACACAAUAAACACUUCAACCCAUACGAUCUAGUACACAAUAAACACUUCAACCCAUAAGAUCUAGUACACAAUAAACAUUUCAACCCAUAUGAUCUAGUACACAAUAAACACUUUUCAACCCAUAUGAUCUAGUACACAAUAAACACUUUUCAACCCAUAUGAUCUAGUACACAAUAAACACUUUUCAACCCAUUUGAUCUAGUACACAAUAAACACUUUUCAACCCAUACGAUCUAGUACACAAUAAACACUUCAACCCAUACGUUCUAGUACACAAUAAACACUUAAACCCAUACGAUCUAGUACACAAUAAACACUUCAACCCACACGAUCUAGUACACAAUAAACACUCCAACCCAUACGAUCUAGUACACAAUAAACACUGUGGUCCACUGAAGAGCAUUAAGCAAACUGACAAGCAAUAGACCGUUCUAUGUACUGUACGUUUACUCUGUUGUAGUGCAGAAAUUGAAUGAAUUUAAUCUAUUGUUAAUGAUAUUGCAAUCAUGUACUGUACAUUUCCUGUAUAAUUCUGCUCGGCCACUAUGAAUGAUUAUCACUGUGGCAAUCAUUUAUUUCUGAUAAUCUAAUACAUUUCAA